GCUCUUCAUCCACUGCGAGUUCAAUUUGCGAUAGUUGAUGAUGUUCCCCUGAAGAAACUAUGUUUUUCUAAGCGGUUAGCACAGUUCCUUAUUGCGGUGGAGCGGAACUACGCUAUGCCACAGACUUCACACCCAGGAAUCCCUACACAGCCUACCUCCCCCUCUGUAAGGCCUCCCCACCUCUCUAAAAUCAGCGACGAGCUCAAACAUGGAAACCCUGAUAGAAGAGUACGCUCAAGACGUCUGUCACUGACCAAAACAAACAACAAUAUAAAUAGGAAUUCAUUGAGGCCAAUCUAUUAUAAAAACCCAAAAAUAAAAAAAAAUUAA